AGUAGUGUCACUGAAUUGCCAGUGUCAGAAAAUAUUUGUUUUUAUUUUCAUCAACAAUGUCAACAUAAUACAUAACCUGAAUAACUUCACCAAAAUUCUCAUUUCCUCAUUUUACCAAAUUGUUUUGUUUUUCCUAUACUCAUCCAAUGAAUUAGAUAAAUCAAACUCAUCUCGGAUAAAUUAUGUCGACAAAAUUGAAAUUGUAUUUGGGGAGAAAGGUUGUAGAUUCCCUGCACAAAUUUACAAAACUCACUCCUCUGGAACUGCAGCCACUGAUACAAGUCGGAAAUCAUCAUGACCCUGAUAAAACUGAACUCAGUUUACCUUUAAAUAUCUUGGAAACCCAGUUGGGUGUAACAAAUAUAACAGAGAUUUUGAAAAUUCAACCUGAUGAUAUAAUAAGGAAUGUUCAAGUUGUUAGAGACAAGGCUAAUAGAAAAAUAUCAUUUGAAAUUGAUAGAACCUUUUUCAUAAGAGAUGUAUUGGAAAAUUGUGCUUCACCUGAACUGAAUUUCAAAGCAAAAAGUAUUGUGGUAGAGUAUAGUUCCCCAAACAUAGCCAAACCAUUUCACUUUGGACAUUUACGAUCUACUAUUAUUGGUAACUUCAUAAGCAAUAUCAACAUAUUUUCAAGAAAUAAAGUGACCCGCUUGAACUACUUGGGAAAUUGGGGUACACAGUUUGGUUUGAUAAGACAAGGAAUCACUGCUCUCAAGUACACAUUCAAAGAUAUCCAAAGAGAUCCCCUCAAGUUACUAUACCAAUCUUAUGUUCAUGCUAAUCAGUUAGCAGAAAAAGAUCCAAGUAUACUAGAAAAAGCCAAAGCUGAAUUUGCUCAAUUAGAAAAUGGUUCAGAGGAGCAUCUGAAAUACUGGCAAGAAAUAAUGAGUUAUUCAAGAAAUGAUCUAAUAGACACAUAUAGUAGGUUAGGAGUCACAUUUGAUGAGUAUAAUUAUGAAUCUGACUAUGGUGCAAGGGUUAUUCAGGACAUCAUAGAAACAUUGAGGAAGAAAAACAUCAUACAUAAAGACAAAGAUGGAAAAGAAGUAGCUCUAAUAGAUGACAAGCAUGUAUCAGUCAUCAAAAGUGAUGGAUCUACCUUAUACCUAACAAGGGACAUAGCAGCUGCCAUUGAUAGGUUUGCAAAAUACAACUUUGAUAAGAUGUUUUAUGUUGUUGAUAAUUCACAAACAGACCAUUUUCAUUCUUUGAAGAACAUUUUACAUAACAUGGAUUUGCCUUGGGCUGACAGAAUAUUUCACAUCAAAUUUGGUAGAGUUCGUGGUAUGAGCACUAGAAAGGGGAAUGCUGUAUUUUUGAAAGAUAUACUGGAUGAAUGUAGAGAUAUGAUGAUCAAGAGACAAAUUGAAUCACCUACUACUAGAGUCCCUAUUAGUGAUGGGCAAACAUCAGACAUACUGGCUGUUUCUUGUGUUAUAAUCAAUGACUUGAAAAGAAGAAGGCAAAAAGACUAUGAAUUCAACCUGGACACUGUUUUACAGGUACAAGGUGAUACUGGUAUUAGACUUCAAUACACUCACUGCCGUUUAUACAGUUUAGAAAAAAAUUCAGGUGCCAUACCAGCUAGAGAAUGUAUUCCACAAAUUCUUUAUGAACCUGAAGCUUUGGCUCUUGUGAAAGAUUUGGCAAGAUUCCAUGAAAUUCUAUUCAAAGCUAAUGAGCAAUUAGAAUCUUACAUUCUAGUGAAUUAUUUAUUUCACUUAUGUAACCAAAUAAACAAAGCUCUCAAAACACUUCAAGUCAAAGGUAUGAGCCCUGAUGUGUCUGCUCAGAGGAUUCUUCUGUUUAACACUGCCAGAGAAGUAUUGAGGAAUGGAAUUACUAUUUUAGGUUUGACACCUCUAAAUGAAAUGUGAUAUUUUAUAUUGUUGAAAUCUAUUGUAUUAGUAACUUUUUG